AUGCCGACAGUCAAGUAUUUUGAUCAGUGUCCCCCAUUCCCCUCCGGUGUACGUACCGUUCCUUUACCGAAGGUGUCAUUUGAAGAACUCCAGAAUGGGAGCGAAAAAGAGAGUCAGCUUCUAUUCCAAGCAUGCCAGGAAUGGGGAUUCUUCUUGCUCAAUCUGCAACCAUCUAGGAAGGGGAACGAGCUCCUAGGGAAUGCAGAACAGAUGUUUGAUCUCACCAAUGAGACAUACGACCUCGACCAGUCGGUUCUCGACAGCUACGCCUACAAGCCGCCUCAUGACCUAAUGGGAUAUAAGCGAAUGGGUCAACUUAAGACAGAUGACGGUAAAAUGGAUUGCAUGGAGCUUUAUUCAAUAAAUCAAGAUGAUAUGCUAGGCAACCGGUCUGCACGUAAAAAUGCCGACACCAUCGAAGCCAAAAGAGCAGACGUGCGACAAUUCAUUGAGAAUUCCCAUUCGAUAAUAGAUGUCAUUUUCUCUCAUCUCGAUAAACAGCUGGGCCUUCAACCUGGAACACUCAGUGAACUUAGCCCUUUGAACGAGAUAUCCGAGACAUCAGUUAGAUUGUUACGCAGUCAGUCCCAAUUGUGCCCUCAAUACGAUAGCAUUUUACUUGGCGGGCACACCGACAUCGGAACCAUCACCCUGCUCUUCAACGUGGUGGGUGGAUUGCAGAUACUGCCAGCAGACUGUGAAAACGAGCUAGGAAACUGGCUGUAUGUUAAGCCGGAGCCGGGAAAUGUAUUGGUGAAUAUUGGUGAUACUCUGGUUGCAUGGACGGGUGGACUGUUGCGGAGCUCAUUGCAUCGUGUGAUAACGGCACCCGAAGAGCAGGCGCUGGUGGCCCGUCAAAGCGUGGCGUACUUAGUGCGGCCACGAAACAAUGCCUCGAUGCAAAGACUAAAGAGUGGCAGUAUUCCUCCUGUGGAACAGGGCGAGGAAGAGGAAAAUCGUUCAGUCAUCGAGUGGGCCGCAUGGCGGGCUAAGCAGGUUAUGCUUGGCCAGCUUAAACCACAGACGAGAGGUGGAAGAUCGGCUGUUGCGGCUUAG